CUGUACACUACCUCUGCGCACUCUAGUGGGCGAGCCUCUACGGCGCGUAAAGUCUCAACUUGUUACUUGUGCUUGUUUGUUUACUUGCAUUUUGCUUGUUUUCUAACUAAUGAGCUUGACUGUGAUCAAAUUAGAAAAGGGACUUAGAAAUGAAUAAUCGUUUCGGAGUAAAUAGGGGCCAUAGCUGGGGCAGGGGCCAACCGAGGCCCUACCCUAGAGAUCAGAAAAAAGAAUCUUUUGCUGAGGUGAGGAGUGAGACGGCCAAGCUGGACGAAGUCCUGAGGCGACUUCAGAGGGAGGUCGAAGAAUUGGAAACUUUAAAGGAAAAGCGACUUCUGCAGGAUAAGAAAAGUGAGGAUCUCUUUCUACGUUGGGGAGGUAUUGCUUUACAUGAUGCCACUGAGAACAAGUGUCGAGUUACCUUUACUCCUCCUGAGCCUGGUGAAACAUACCAGAUUGGAUUUGAAAAGGUUGACCAAUGUUGGGGUGUAUCAUUCUACAAUUUACCCUUCUGCAUGUCAUUUAUUCGAGAUAGAGUUGCAGCACUUAAUAUUGAUUCCAUUGAGAAAUUAUGCUUAUUUGUACGGACUUUGCAAUCAGAGAUAGAUGUGGUUAACCGAAGAGCAAAGCAGUUUUCAGAAGCAAUGAUCCUGUCAUCUCCUGCUCUCCGUAUUUUUCCAGCCGUUGCCACAACUGCUGCAAUGUUGGAAAUAAUGGUGAAUGAUAGUGUAGGGUCAGAUCUAUCAAGGAUUUCUGUUCACCUAACUUAUCUUCCUGAUAAGUUUCUUCCUGAAGAACCUUUUUUUGUAUUCAGAGGUGGAGAUAAAACAGCUGAACAAGAGUUCAAGAAGCAGCUCGCUUGUCUCCAGUACAUGCCUUUAAAAGAGGCUCUUGAAUGUGCUUUCUCCCUAGAUGAAGUGGAAGCAGAACAAAAGGAGCAAGAAGAAGAAAAACAAGUGUCCAAGGAUGAAAUAAAGCCAGAGGAUUCGGGAAAGCCAGGCUCACUUGAUGCUCCCAAGGUGGUUGCCCGGCAAAGUACGAAGAAAAAAUUUGGACCCAAAAGCAAGACAUCCAGAUCUUAAGCAAUGUAAUUUCCAUGACUGAUUCUCAUUGUGCCAAAUCCUGCCAAAUCCAAAGUUUAUUUUUUUUGUUAAUUAAGUUUAUUUUUUAUGAUCAUGUUCAGUGUUAGUGUGUGAAAACUGAGUGCAUAAUUAUAAGGAAAUAUCAUAUGA